GUCGCUGUGCGGGAGUGGUCGUUGAGGGAUGUGUGGUAUCGCAACCGAGAGUGUGACCGAGGAAUAAGGAGCCGGCGUCUUAGUUUUUUCGCUCGCGUUCCACGCUCUCUCGUUUCAAUUAAUCCGUCUUCGCGCGUAUUUUCUUAUCGGAAAUAAAAUAAGAAACGAAAGAAACCGGAUAACACGCGCUCACAGUCACCGCCGUCUUCGCCGCGGCAAGUUCCUUCUCUCGGUUUCGUCCUCCCCCGCGCGCGCGCGUACGCCCGCCCGCUUUCUCGCGAGAGCCGGUGCACGGAUCCCGCAUAUAGACGUGGAUUUACUUCAUUAUUUAUUGUACAAAGAACUAUAAGUCAUAAGCAACAAUGUCUGUUGACAAAGAAGAAUUGGUUCAGCGAGCGAAGCUUGCUGAGCAGGCAGAGAGGUACGACGACAUGGCGUCCGCGAUGAAGGCGGUUACCGAGACGGGAGUCGAGUUGUCAAACGAGGAGAGGAAUUUGCUCUCGGUGGCGUACAAGAAUGUCGUAGGUGCGAGACGUAGCUCGUGGCGAGUAAUUUCUUCUAUUGAGCAGAAGACCGAAGGUUCCGAACGCAAACAGCAGAUGGCAAAAGAAUAUCGAGAAAAAGUGGAGAAGGAACUUCGUGAAAUUUGCUACGACGUAUUGGGACUCCUGGAUAAGUACCUGAUCCCUAAGGCUAGCAACGCCGAGAGUAAAGUAUUCUAUCUUAAGAUGAAGGGUGACUACUAUAGGUAUCUCGCAGAAGUUGCCACCGGCGAAACUAGAAAUACUGUGGUAGAAGACAGCCAAAAGGCAUACCAGGACGCGUUCGAAAUCAGCAAGUCGAAGAUGCAGCCUACCCACCCGAUCAGGCUAGGUCUCGCUCUCAACUUCUCAGUCUUCUAUUACGAGAUUCUCAACUCUCCAGACAAGGCCUGUCAACUGGCAAAACAGGCGUUCGAUGACGCAAUCGCGGAACUGGAUACACUUAAUGAGGACAGCUACAAAGAUUCCACAUUGAUCAUGCAGCUGUUACGCGACAACCUCACUCUGUGGACCAGUGACACGCAGGGCGACGGGGACGAGCCACAGGAGACCGGCGACAACUAACCUUCCUAAGCUUAAGUCCUUUCUAAACCUAUAAGAACAUCCUAUUCUCUAUCGUCUCCUAAAGUGCUCACCCACAUGUCCAUUCACCCAGAUCCAUCCAUCCACUUGUCCUCUCGUUCCUCGCGUACCUCGUUUCCUUCUUCUUUCCCUUCAUCCUUUCAAUUGCGCAGGUCUCCUCUUUUUCCUUAAAUCUUUCUUCGAAAAACAAAAAAACGUGAUCCUUCUCUACCCCUCUUUCUUUCUCUUUCUUUCUCUCUUUAUCACGUUGGAACGAGACACGGAAUGCAGAGGACGACCCACUGUCAUUACUCCCAACAUCUGCUCGCUGCUUACCAUCAAAAAACGACAGUAUAAAGCUAAACUGAAAGAAAAAAAAAACACAAAGUACAGGCAAAAAGAAAUAGCGCGGAGGUACAACAAGAGAAGCAAAAUGAACGAAAAAAAAAAAAAAACAAAACGCACGCAUGAAUCUAUUACAUUAUAUCCAGUUGUCAUUUAAAUUAAAUUUCACAUUAUCUCUAGCAGGUAUAAAUAUUAUUAUACGAAGGGAAGAACACAGGAGGAGAAAGGAGAGUAAAAACAAAUACAUUAAGUUAUUAAGUUCCAACUACAUAAGUGGUGAUUUGAUUUUUAUACACUCACUACACGUCUUUUUUUUUCUUUUUUUUUUGUUUUCUCCUCUUUAAUACGACAACCAUCACAACAACGCAUGCAAUCAGUAAGCGUUAGUAAGAGAGAAAGGGUCGGACCGCUCCGGCCUCCGUCUUAACAAAGACGUCAAAUGCAAUAUGUAAACAUAUUUGUAUCUUUUUUUUUUUCUGUAACUCAUAUGUAAUUUACUUCGCUAUUAAAAUUAGGAAUAUACUUAAUA